AUAAGGUGUUGCUGCCGAGAAAAAGGUAGAAGUAUAAGCAUACCCUUGUUUUCAUAUUCAUAAUGAUUACCUUAUACUCGCGAGGAUAUCCUCAAAGACGAAGUAAAACGUUGACCGGUCCUGACUUGUUCCAGCUUGUAGUUGACGUGGGAGUUCGUUCACUUAGCAUCACCGACAGUUGUACUCCAGAGCUUACACUGACCGUUCCGUAUUUUUAAUUUAUGCAGUUUUUUAUCAAAUUAAUAAGCAUGUCAUCCUCAAGUGAUGAGGCAACUAUAGAAAAUAAUGGCAAC